AUAUGUCAUAUGCAUGAAAAAAGUAGAUUAGCUGCAUAUAAAACAUAUAAAAGACCCUUGUAACCUUGUACAUGGCACAUACAUACGACAGUAGAGAUUCUGUGCAACUUGCCUUUGAUUUUGACUGGAAAUGGCAUUACUUAACAAUUUCAUUUGUGCUGUUGUGACACUACUGACUUUUACCACAACUUUCACCAAUGGCCAGUACGAGACACCUAAUCAUAUAUGUGGUGGGUGGUUCAAGUCCGUCACAGGCUCCAUCCAAUUCAAGUACAACGAAACGACCACGGACACUGAACAUGUUUGCGCAUGGACUGUAAGUGGAUCACUCGCUUCACAAUAUUCUCGCUAUGACAUCACCAUCCAACAACUCAACGGCUAUGCCUGUGACGCUAGUACCACAAGGGUCGCUGUGAGCCACUUCAGUCUGUGGGCGCAAGACGUCACCGCAGUGGAAACGUGGAAUUGUGGAGGUCCUCAACAAUGGCGAGCCGUGCCAGGAACGGUUUUCAUUAUUGUGUGGAAAACAACUUUACUGAAAAAUAUGUCAGGUUUUCAAGUGAAUUGGGCCCCGAGCGGUGACAGGUUGGACCACAUGGGAGUUCGGACAACAGCUUAUUCUUGGGGCAAGCCCAGCGUUGACCCACUGCCGUAUUAUGCCUCUGGGUUUUUCACCGAAGAAGUAGCCACUCACGUCUUUCCAAAAGGAAACAAUACAAAAGGCUAUGAACUUGAGAUAGAGUUUCAAACGCUGCGACUGGAUCAGUGUGGCGAUGAAGAACUUGAUUCGGGCCCAUGCUUCGGAAAAAAUAACUCUACCCUUUUGGUCUGCACUAUUGAAGAAGAUGGAAAGUUAAAGCUUGGCGCAAGAUUCUAUGAGGAACAACUGCCAGAAGAUGCUCCCGUUAUAUCGAGUCCGUGGGGAUUGGUAAUUUUGGUGUGGUCCGGAGACUUUUAUAGAGCCGGGGGACGAUUUCAAAUGGUUUAUAGGUCGGUCCGGAUAUAAAAUAUAUUCUCAACUCGUCAAAGUUAAAAUUUUACAAAAAUUAAUAAACGUGUAUUUGUAUAAUGUAGCAGCAUAGUACAGCUAGCUAUAUAAUAAGUC